AUGUGGUGCAUCCUGCGAAGCUGGCGGGGAGGCUGCCUGGGCCCAUGGGGAGCCCUGGGGACGCAGGGCCCCCGGGGCCUCCGCGCUCUGGCCAGCAAGCGCCCGCGGAGCCGGGGCGAAUACAGCCACGUGGUGGUGGGUGCGGGCUCCGCCGGCUGCGUGCUGGCCGGCCGGCUCACGGAGGACCCUGACCAGCGUGUGCUGCUGCUGGAGGCCGGGCCCAAGGACGUGUACGCGGGGAGCAAGCGGCUCCGGUGGAAGAUCCACAUGCCCGCGGCCCUCGUGGCCAACCUGUGCGACGACACGUACAACUGGUGCUACCACACCGAGCCGCAGGCAGGCCUGGACGGCCGCGUGCUGUACUGGCCGCGGGGCCGCGUCUGGGGCGGCUCGUCGUCGCUGAACGCCAUGGUCUACGUGCGCGGGCACGCCGAGGACUACGAGCGCUGGCAGCGCCAGGGCGCCGCGGGCUGGGGCUAUGCGCACUGCCUGCCCUACUUCCGCAGGGCACAGGCGCACGAGCUGGGCGCCGGCAGGUACCGCGGCGGCGACGGGCCCCUGCGCGUGUCCCGGGGCAAGAGCGGCCAUCCGCUGCACCGCGCGUUCCUGGAGGCGGCACAGCAGGCCGGCUACCCCCUCACCGAGGACAUGAACGGCUUCCAGCAAGAGGGCUUCGGCUGGAUGGACAUGACCAUCCACGAAGGCAAGCGCUGGAGCACAGCCUGCGCGUACCUGCACCCAGCACUGAGCCGCCCCAACCUCACAGCCGAGACCCAGACGUUUGUGAGCAGGGUUCUGUUUGAAGGCACCCGUGCAGUGGGUGUGGAGUACAUCAAGAAUGGCCAGAGCCACAGGGCUUAUGCCAGCAAGGAGGUGAUUCUGAGUGGAGGUGCCAUCAACUCUCCGCAGCUGCUCAUGCUGUCGGGCGUGGGCAAUGCCGACGACCUCAGGAAACUGGGCAUCCCGGUGGUGUGCCACCUUCCUGGAGUUGGCCAGAACCUCCAAGACCACCUCGAGAUAUAUAUCCAGCAGGCAUGCACCCGCCCCAUCACCCUCCACUCUGCACAGAAGCCUCUGAGGAAGGCCUGGAUCGGCCUGGAGUGGCUCUGGAAGUUCACAGGGUAUGGAGCCACGGCCCAUCUGGAAACGGGGGGGUUCAUCCGGAGCCAGCCUGGGGUCCCCCAUCCGGACAUCCAGUUCCACUUCCUGCCGUCCCAGGUGAUCGACCAUGGGCGGGUCCCCCCGCAGCAGGAGGCUUACCAGGUGCAUGUGGGGACCAUGCGGGGCACAAGCGUGGGCUGGCUCAAACUGAGAAGUGCCAACCCCCACGACCACCCUGUGAUCCAGCCCAACUACCUGUCAACAGAAACCGACAUUAAAGACUUCCGUCUCUGUGUGAGGCUGACCCGAGAGAUUUUUGCACAGAAAGCCCUGGCACCAUUCCGGGGAAAGGAGCUCCAGCCGGGAAGCCAUGUCCAGUCGGAUGCAGAAAUAGAUGCCUUCGUGCGGGCGAAGGCAGACAGUGCCUACCACCCCUCGUGCACCUGCAAGAUGGGCCAGCCCUCCGACCCCACGGCGGUGGUGGACCCACAGACCAGGGUGCUCGGGGUGGAAAACCUCAGGGUGGUCGACGCCUCCAUCAUGCCCAGCGUGGUCAGUGGCAACCUGAACGCCCCCACCAUCAUGAUCGCAGAGAAGGCAGCCGACAUGAUCCAGGGGCGGCCGGCACUCUGGGACGAGGAUGUCCCGGUCUAUAAGCCCAGGACCCUGGCCACCCAGCGCUGA